UCCUUUGAAAUAAAAAAAUAGAGGCUCUUCCCUUUGUCCGAUAAGUAUUCAUGAAAGUGCUUGCUCUAGCUCUUUCAAGUUUCUUUAGCGACUGUUCCGUCACAUGCAAUGUCUUCCAGUACUCCAGAGGACAAUUCCAUCUCUUUGCUCUAUAAAUGGAAGCCCCAUCCAUCUCUCCAUCUCAUUCUACUCUUUGUUCUCUCCAUUUCUUUUCUUCUUAUUGAGAGGUAAAGAAAGAUUGAUUGUAGUUGCAAUGGCAGCAAAGCAUUCUCGUGCCGCCUACUCACUGCUGGUGUUCCUUCUACUGGCGUUGUGCCUCAUUGGAAGCGUGCAUGGACAGCUGAAGCCUUCAGAUUGCCAACCGAGAUGCCAAUACCGGUGCUCGGCGACGUCGCACAAGAAGCCAUGCAUGUCCUUCUGCCUCAAAUGUUGCGCCCAGUGCCUGUGUGUGCCGCCUGGCACCUCCGGCAAUAAGCAAAUGUGUCCCUGCUACAACAACUGGAAGACCAAGGAAGGUGGGCCCAAGUGCCCCUAGCUUUGUCCCUAGGCAUAUGUAUCUACAAUUUAUUUAUUGUAUGGAUUUCCUAUUUAUUUUGUCAACGGUUGACACGCUGUUCACCAUUGCUGUUUUAGUUCUCAAGGCGGAGGAGAGAUUCGUGGGAAAUGUGAAUCCCCUCUUUCGAUCUGGCUAAUAAUAUCUACUAAUAAGAGUUCAAGUGAUUUUGAGAGUUCUCCAAAUUAGGAUUGCUAAUUGCUAUUUGAUUUUGGUAUCUGGUCCGUGUGCUAAUUCUUGGUUGGUGCAUGAGGCCGCAUACCACACCUAAGUUGCCCGACGUAUUUGGUUCUUCUAAUUUCUAAAGGAUAAUUGUUAUUUCG